GUCGCAAACUUCAAGCUCGACAGAGAGAGCUUCACUCACUUUCUCCAACACAGAGACAGACACACACAGACAGGGACGUCUUUGUAAGCCUUCGCUCUAUAGAGGAUUGCAAACAAGAGGACUUGAGAAUCACAGACCCCAAUCCCAGAGGAGAGACAGACCCGAGGUUAGUGAGAGAGAAAGAGCGUUUUGCAAUGGUAGCUGGGAAGGUGAGGGCGGCAAUGGGGCUGCAAAAAUCGCCAUCAAAUGCGAAACCGGAGACUCCUUCGAAGUCGCCGUCGCCGUCGGUAAGCUCCGGUAAGGUCUCGCAGAAGGCGGUGUUCUCGCGCUCAUUUGGCGUGUACUUCCCACGCUCCUCCGCACAGGUCCAGCCCAAGCCGCCGGACGUGACGGAGCUUCUCCGCCUGGUCGAAGAGCUCCGGGAGCGAGAGUCGAGGUUGAAGACGGAGCUUCUCGAGAACAAGCUCUUGAGAGAGUCCGUCGCCAUUGUCCCUGUUUUGGAAAACGAGAUCCUCAACAAGAGCGAAGACAUUGAGCGAGCUUCGAAGCAAAUGGAGGCCUUGGAGGCCGAGAACGAGAGGUUGAGAAAUCAGGUGGAGGAAGUGAAGUUGAUGUUAGAGGAAGAGAGGAGGGAGAGCGAGAAAAAAGUGAAGGCAAUGGAGGCUGAGAUUUCGGAGUUGAAGAAAACGGCGUCGGAUCGUAGCAAAGCGGAGAUAAACUUGGAGAGCGACGAGCUUUCGUCGUCGCAGAGAUUCCAGGGGCUCAUGGAGGUCACCGGAAGGUCCAAUCUCAUAAAAAACUUAAAGAAGGGAGCCAAAUGCGCGGACGUUCAUGCAAAUAAGGAGAGUCAGAAGCUAGAGCGCUCAGAUUCGAAGAGGGAGGAAGCAGAAACGGAGAGACCGAGACACUCGAGGUGUAACUCGGAGGAACUCGCCGAGUCGACUCUGUCUACUAUCAGAUCUCGCAUUCCUAGGGUUCCUAAACCGCCUCCAAGACCAUCCACAUCCAACGGCGAGAACAAGGCCUCAACAGAACAAGCGGUUACAUUUCCACCACCUCCGCCACCGCCAACGAGCCAGGCGAAGUCGGUACCUCCACCGCCACCUCCGCCGUCAAGAGCGGCGCCGCCUCCGCCUCCCCCGCCUCCUAAAGGGAGAAGGCCGGCCCCUGCGAAGGUGAGGCGAGUGCCGGAGGUUGUGGAGUUUUACCAUUCUCUGAUGAGAAGAGACUCUCGCAGAGACUCCGGCAGUGGUGGCUCCGACGUGCCGGCAACCGCAAAUGCCCGUGACAUGAUCGGCGAGAUCGAGAACCGUUCGGCUUACUUGCUCGCGAUAAAAACGGAUGUAGAAACGCAAGGAGAUUUCAUAAGGUUUUUGAUAAAGGAAGUUGAGAAUGCAGCGUUUACAGACAUCAAGGAUGUGGUGCCUUUUGUCAAAUGGCUGGACGAUGAGCUCUCAUAUUUGGUGGAUGAAAGAGCUGUGCUGAAGCACUUCGACUGGCCAGAGCAGAAAGCCGAUGCUCUGCGCGAGGCUGCAUUUGGCUACUGUGAUCUCAAGAAGCUUGAAACCGAGGCCUCGUCGUUUCCCGACGAUUCUCGCCAUCCCUGUGGUCCGACCCUCAAGAAGAUGCAGGCUUUGCUGGAAAAAUUGGAGCAUGGUGUUUACAAUCUUUCACGGAUCAGAGAAUCCGCCACUCAAAGAUACAAGGUUUUCCAAAUCCCUACCAAUUGGAUGCUCGAUACUGAAUUCGUAAGCCAGAUCAAGCUGGCAUCCGUGAAAUUGGCAAUGAAGUACAUGAAAAGAGUCUCUGCUGAGCUUGAAAUAGUAGGAGGUGGCCCCGAAGAAGAAGAGCUGAUAGUUCAAGGUGUUCGAUUUGCCUUCCGUGUACAUCAGUUUGCCGGGGGUUUCGAUGCAGAAACGAUGAGAGCAUUCCAGGUGUUGAGAGAUAAAGUCAGGUCAUGCCAUGUACAAUGCCACAACCAGCAACAGCAAAAAAUUGUAUGCAGAUCUACACCAUGCUAACAAUCAUCCAUCUGUAGCAAGCUCAGCUUCAGAAAAUUGCUCUGAGGGUUUUUGUUGUAAAGGGAGGACAGAAACAUUGUGUUUGUGAAUACAAUGGCGGUAGCGCCAUAUGCGCCUGCAUUCAUAAUUUUAUUCAUAUUAUUAUUACUCA